AUGACAGCCGAAAUACCAUCCGUAUCUAAUGAUGGAGGUAGUAAGAGGAAAAGAGUUGUUGUUGUGGGACUAGGGAUGGUUGGAAUUACUUUCGUUGAAAAAUUGAUGAAAAUGGAUGUGAAAAGAAGAGAAUACGACGUUAUUGUUAUUGGCGAGGAACCACAUCUAGCCUACAACAGAGUCGGCCUUACCAGCUUCUUUGAACACCGAGAUGUCGAAAGGUUAUAUAUGCAGACUGAAGCUUGGUAUAAGGCAUUUCCAGAAGGUUCACUGAGCUAUCAUCUCAAUUCCCUGGUUACUGAGAUCGAUUCCGAGAAGAAGUUCGUGAUUACUGCAAAAGGUGACACAAUCGAAUGUGACAUUCUGGUCCUGGCCACAGGAUCCAAUGCAAUCCUUCCAAAGUCAAUUGUUGGCUACGAUGCAACUGGCGUAUUUGUGUAUCGGACCAUCGAGGAUUUGCAGAAACUCAUUGCAUUUUCUGCUACGAAGAAGGGUAAGACUGGUAUUGUGGUGGGAGGAGGACUUCUGGGUCUCGAGGCUGCGAAAGCAAUGAUGGAUCUUGAGGAGUUCGGGAAAAUCAAAGUCAUCGAGUCCUUCCCAUACGUUUUGGGUAGACAGGUUGAUCCCGAGGGUGGCGCCAUGGUCGUUGAGCAAGUGAGAGAUCUGGGAGUAGAUCUUAUCCUCGGCAAGAUGGUCAACAAGUUUCUUACGGAUGAGAACAAUGGCGUAACUGGUGUGGAGUUCGAGGAUGGCCACAAAGUAGACGGUGCCUGUGUCUGCGUUGCAAUUGGAGUUUCUCCUCGUGAUGAGCUAGCUCGAAAGUCUGGUUUGGAGUGCGGCCCUCGCGGUGGCAUCAUUGUCGGCGAUGACUUGCAAACUUCAGUGAAGGAUAUUUACGCCAUCGGCGAAUGUGCAAAUUGGGCGAACAUGUGCUAUGGCCUUUACGCACCUGGUAUCGAGAUGGCCGAGAUCCUUGCGUUUAAUCUGACGGACGCAAAGUUGCGCUCCCCGAGAUCUCUCACAACUCCGGAUAUGAGCACCAAACUCAAGCUUUUAGGGAUUGGAGUCGCCAGCUUUGGAGAUGCUUUCGCUGACCAGUUCGGACCUCAGUGGCUGCCUGGUAAGCGGCAGGAUAAGGAGAUUGAGAAGACUCUUGUGAAAGUCUUGACCUACAAAGAUCCAUUCAACCACGUCUACAAGAAAUAUCUGUUUACAAAAGAUGGAAAGUAUCUGCUUGGUGGCAUGAUGGUUGGAGAUACGAAUGACUACGUUAAGUUACUUCCAAUGUCGAAGCAACACAAACAGCUGGAGAUGGCACCGGGAGAGCUGAUAAUUGGAAAGCCGGGAGGAGAAGAUGAUGCUAAUGAUUUACCGGACGAAGCACAGAUCUGCUCAUGUAACAAUGUGACCAGAGGGGAUAUUACCAAGACAAUCAAGGAUGGCACUUGUAAGACCGUCAACGAGAUCAAGAUAUGUACCAAAGCUGGUACAGGAUGUGGAGGAUGCAUUCCACUGGUGACCUCCAUCUUCAAUAAAACCAUGAUCGAUAUGGGCCAAGAAGUUAAAAACCACCUCUGCUCUCACUUCGCCUACUCCCGCGCAGAACUCUUCCACGUCGUCAUGGUCAAGAAGCUCGAUUCGUUCGAAGCCAUUAUGAAGGAAAGCGGAGUGCCUGGUUCAUUAGGGUGCGAACUGUGCAAGCCAGCAGUUGCAUCGAUUCUCGCUUCCCUGUACAACAAGCCCAUCGCUGAUCCUGGACGAAGAGGGCUUCAAGACACCAACGAUAAGUUCCUAGCCAACAUCCAGCGCAAUGGUACUUUCUCAGUCAUCCCACGUGUUGCCGGUGGUGAGAUCACCCCCAAGAAACUUGCUGCUAUUGCCAGUGUGGCUCAGAAGUACAACUUGUAUUGCAAGAUCACUGGAGGUCAGCGAAUUGAUAUGUUCGGUGCCAGAAAGCAAGACCUGCUCGAUAUCUGGACCGAACUCAUCGAAGCAGGCCUCGAAAGUGGCCACGCAUACGCCAAGUCUCUUCGAACUGUCAAGAGUUGUGUCGGGUCUUCUUGGUGCCGUUUCGGUAUUGGCGACAGCGUUGGAAUGGCAAUCCGCAUCGAAGAACGAUACAAAAGUAUUCGGGCGCCGCAUAAGAUCAAGGGUGGAGUCUCUGGUUGUGUUCGAGAAUGCGCAGAGGCUCAGAACAAAGAUUUCGGCCUGAUUGCUACUGAGAAGGGCUUCAACAUCUUUGUUGGCGGCAACGGGGGAGCAAAGCCGAGACAUUCAGAGCUCUUGGCCAUCGAUGUCCCAGUGGAUGAGGUUAUUCCAAUUCUAGAUAGAUACCUCAUCUUCUAUAUUCGCACAGCAGACAAGCUCCAGAGGACUGCGCGAUGGAUUGAGAGUCUUCCAGGAGGUAUCAAGUAUUUACGCCAAGUCAUUCUCGAGGACAAGCUGGGCAUUUGCGCAGCUCUUGAGAAGCAGAUGGAGGAGCUCGUGUCCACUUUCUUUUGCGAGUGGACUGAAGCAGUGAAAAGUCCGGAACGACGAAAGCAAUUUCAGCAAUUUGCCAACACUGAGGAAAAUGUCGUUGACACAAUAGAACCGAUGGUUGAACGCGGUCAGACACGUCCUUCCAACUGGGUUGACGAAUCAGUCACGAAAGACUUCAAGGGUACGAAAUGGAGUGCAUUGUCCUGGCAGCCCAUCGUUGAGGCUUCCAAAUUCAGAGACAUCCCUACUGGGGACAGCAAUGCCGUCAAACGAGGAGACGCACAGCUCGCCAUUUUCAAGGUUCGUGGAAAGUAUUACUGCACCCAACAGAUGUGUCCGCACAAGAGAGCUUUCGUCCUGUCCGAUGGACUCAUUGGCGAGGAAAUUUCAGCCGAGAAGCAAAAGUUAUGGGUUUCGUGUCCGUACCACAAACGGAAUUUCGAAUUGACAGGAGAUGAUGCUGGGAAGUGCGGCAAUGAUGAAUCAGUCAACAUCGCUACUUUCCCGGUCGAAGAACGAGAUGAUGGCUGGGUUUAUGUCAAGCUUCCUCCUGUUGAGGAACUUGAUGCUGUGCUUGGGACGGAGAAGUGGAGGAUCAAGCAGGGAGAUGAUGUGAAGGCUAAGGAGUUGAAAGUAAAAGGGAAGAAGGGAGUUCUAGUUAAUGGAAAGGGGCGUGAGGUGGUGAUUGAGAGGGGUGUUGGUGAGAACGGCGCGAAUGGUAUUGAUUGGUAG